GCCGAGCCGGUGUCGGGAGCCCGCAGCCCGAGCACGUGCGGCUGAACUUUAGGUGGGAGGAAGGAAAACUACAGAACUUCCAGCCAAAGUCUGCUCUGCGGUGCAUCCUGGGAAAUCCAGCACCAUGGGUAGGUGAGACGUGCAGGGCUUGCGCGGCUCUGCGUGACGGGAGAUGACCAGAAAUUAGCGAAACCUCUGCGAGGGGGGCGACGGGACGCGUUUGAACGGGACAUCGGAGCUCCUCGGCGGUUUUUGCGGGACACCACUGACGGGACGGGACGGCCUGCCCCGCUCGCCCGCCCGCCCGCUCGCUCGGUGGGUCGGACCCGGGCGGCUACGAUGUGCGUCCGCUGCGCCACGAAGCUCCGUCGGGGAAGCGACUCGUUCACCGGAUGAUGGACAGGGCCGAGCCGACAUCCAGCUUCGCGGACGCGCUGGCUCCACCAGCACAGACCGUAGCGUCGUGGGCCUAUGACCGCAGCGCAGCCAGUAUCAAGCCAAGUAGCAGUUAUGGUGCUGCACACCUCGACGCAGAGCUCCUCCAGCGGCAGUGCUACACCCCCACCCACCAGCUUCCCACCUACACCACAUCACACCUUCCAGCUGCACCAGGAACUCUUGCCACAAGCAGUAAUACGUCUGAAACCUCAAUUAUGAGCUUCCUGUCAGCCAUGGAGACUAGAAGCCUUCAGGCUGGUCCCGUUAGUGCCUCGCUGCUUCCUCCUUUUAGACCUCCAUCAUGGUCAGCUGGUACAAACUCCACCACGGAGCUGUAUUUGACUGGUGCCCUGCCUUCGACUGCCACCUUCCCCUCCCCUGCUUCUCUGUCGUCCUACCAGCACACUAGUGCCUACCCUCCCAGGAGUUAUGCUGGUAACUCAUCCCCUGCUCUCCAGGAUCCUGCCUUCAGCACAUCCACCAAUGGCCUGUUUCCACACCACGACCAACUCCUACAUCUCAAGUCAACCCAGACUGUGCUUCCCACUGCCCUGGCCUUCAAUCAUCUUUCUGCACCUGCUUUUGCCUCUGCUUUGCCUGUCCAGUCCUCAACGUACCGCUCUGCCCAGGAGUCAGCCCCCCACCUUUUGCAGCCACAGUUCAGCCUGAUGUCUUCUGCUGUACCUGCCUCUCAUGGUGCUCCACAACCCUAUGGAGCCACUGUUUUCUCAAGCUCUAUUGAAAGAGCUCUUCAGCGUGAAUGUAGUGUGAUCAAACACCACCAGAGGCCUUCUAGCAGCCACACAGUGUCAGAGCAGUUGCCCAAUUCUGAGCACUCUUUACAGGAGUACUUUGGCUCUGGCAGUGAUGCAGAUGUGACCUACCAACAGGAUCCAUCGCUUCAAACUUCAGUGACUGGCAGCCAUUCCACAGGAGCAGAUUCCUCUCAAGGGGUCAACCAUGGUGCACCACAACCCAAAAUAGACUCUGUCACUGAAGCUUAUUCAUCCACUUCUGUGCCGAAAACUAAAGACUGCUCCAAUCUAGCUCUACACCAGGCUGGGGUUGAUAAGAAUCAUAACCACUCUCCUCCUGAGCGUUAUUCCUCACCAGAACAGAACCAGAGUUCGGUAAUUGCUGAUCAAAAGUCAGUCCAGCUGCAUGACCUGUCUAAUAGUCUGUCUCAAGCUUCCCCCCCAGACAAGAUUCCUCCCAUUUACACAACACUGCCUUCCCUCUCUAGCCAAUCAGGCAGCGUAGUAUCUGCUAGUCACACCCCUGGUUACGCCUCCAGUCCUGGGCUGAGCCAUGAGCAGGAGGUCCAUUAUGGAGCACAGGUCCAGGGCCUGUGUCAGGGGAAUCUUUCUGAGAGCUACUCCACAUCUCACUCUCAGGGUGCCUCAGAUGUGACUUUUGCAUCCCACUCACAGGGGCAAGCUUCUGGGACUCGGACCCAGAGUUACUCUGUAGGACAAUCCCUCAACUCAUCCUACGCAACCACGUGUGUGCAAAGCCUGCCCUCAACUAAUUCUACACAGGACUACACCCUCAUGCAGGUCUCAGUGGGGGGCAAAACACAUGGGACUUUGUCCCAGCAGCAGACACAGGUCAAUAAAUACAACAUGUCUGCAUCCCUGCCUCCUUACACUUCAAGUGCCCAAGCCUUACAAAAUAACAUUGGAUCCCCUGUACAGGACAUACAAACCCUCCAGCCUUCCUCUGCUGUAGGAAAUAAUGUAACUGCCCAUAACAAUGUCAUCUAUGUUGUUUCAAAAAUGGAUGAUCGUCAAAAACCACAAAGCGUUAUUCGAAGCAAUUCACGUUCUGAUGACCAGCUCAUGGGAAUGGAUCAGUCAAACACAGCACAGGUAAAUGAUGACAGAAUGGGUUGUCUGAGCCAACAGCACAUUGAUCUUAGCAGUGCCAAUGGUCAGGGAACGACCAAUACAAAAACUACAGACUCUAGUAUUGUGUCUUCACAUGUACCUCUGAGUUCAGAGCAGCUCAACCAGCACCCCCUGCAACUCAAAACCCCUGAGUCACAUCAGCAAAACCACCCAAACCACAAUCAGCCUCGGCCCCAAUCUUCAGCAGCACAUACCCAAUACAUCACUGCUCCUGGUGCUCAGCUUCUCCUCGAUGCCAACCAGAUGAUUGUUCUCCAGCAGCCCAUUGUCCACCAUGGUCCAAACCCUUCAAAGUUGGUAUCGGUGCAAGGGAUCCAGCCAACACAAAAUCUGGGCCCUCAUGUUCAGUAUGUUCACAUGAACCAGGAACUGCAAGGUCCUACUGAAGCCCAGAGUCAACAGAGAACGACUGUGUCUGAACAGAGCUCAGGGUGUCCUGACUCCUCUAAACAGCACUACAGCCAGUCAACAAACCAGCAGUCAAAUGAUUACAAGAACUUAUUGAUGCCCAGCCUGUUGUCCAGUAGUCUUUCUCAAACUUAUAUCACCCCCCACACACAGCCAGAACCCACCAGUUCCCCCCCAAACAAGAUGCCUCCCAUUUACACAACACUGCCUUCCCUCUCUAGCCAAUCAGGCAGCGUAGUAUCUGCUAGUCAGACCCCUGGUUACUCCUCCAGUCCUGGGCUGAGCCAUGAGCAGGAGGUCCAUUAUGGAGCACAGGUCCAGGGCCUGUGUCAGGGGAAUCUUUCUGAGAGCUACUCCACAUCUCACUCUCAGGGUGCCUCAGAUGUGACUUUUGCAUCCCACUCACAGGGGCAAGCUUCUGGGACUCGGACCCAGAGUUACUCUGUAGGACAAUCCCUCAACUCAUCCUACGCAACCACGUGUGUGCAAAGCCUGCCCUCAACUAAUUCUACACAGGACUACACCCUCAUGCAGGUCUCAGUGGGGGGCAAAACACAUGGGACUUUGUCCCAGCAGCAGACACAGGUCAAUAAAUACAACAUGUCUGCAUCCCUGCCUCCUUACACUUCAAGUGCCCAAGCCUUACAAAAUAACAGCAGAUCCUCUGUACAGGACAUACAAACCCUCCAGCCUUCCUCUGCAGUAGGAAAUAAUGUAACCGUCAUCUAUGUCGUUUCAAAAAUGGAUGAUCAUCAAAAACCGCAAAGUGUCAUUCGCAGCAAUUCACUUUCUGAUGACCAGCUCAUGGGAAUGGAUCAGUCAAACACAGCACAGGUAAAUAAUGACAGAAUGGGUUGUCUGAGCCAACAGCACAUUGAUCUUAGCAGUGCCAAUGGUCAGGGAACGACCAACACAAAAACUACAGACUCUAGUAUUGUGUCUUCACAUGUACCUCUGAGUUCAGAGCAGCUCAACCAGCACCUCCUGCAACUCAAAACCUCUGAGUCACAUCAGCAAAACCACCCAAACCACAAUCAGCCUCGGCCCCAAUCUUCAGCAGCACAUACCCAAUACAUCACUGCUCCUGGUGCUCAGCUUCUCCUCGAUGCCAACCAGAUGAUUGUUCUCCAGCAGCCCAUUGUCCACCAUAGUUCAAACCCUUCAAAGUUGUUAUCGGUGCAAGGGAUCCAGCCAACACAAAAUCUGGGCCCUCAUGUUCAGUAUGUUCACAUGAACCAGGAGCUGCUAGGUCCUACGAAAGCCCAGAGUCAACAAAGACUGACUGUGUCUGAACAGAGCUCAGGGUGUCCUGACUCCUCUAAACAGCACUACAGCCAGUCAACAAACCAGCAGUCAAAUGAUUCCAAGAACUUAUUGAUGCCCAGCCUGUUGUCCAGUAGUCUUUCUCAAACUUAUAUCACCCCCCGCACGCAGCCACAACCCCCCAGUCCCUCCUCAAACAAGCACCCCCACCUUUACACAACACUGCCUUCCCUCUCUAGCCAAUCAGGCAGCGUAGUAUCUGCUAGUCAGACCCCUGGUUACUCCUCCAGUCCUGGGCUGAGCCAUGAGCAGGAGGUCCAUUAUGGAGCACAGGUCCAGGGCCUGUGUCAGGGGAAUCUUUCUGGGAGCUACUCCACAUCUCACUCUCAGGGUGCCUCAGAUGUGACUUUUGCAUCCCACUCACAGGGGCAAGCUUCUGGGACUCGGACCCAGAGUUACUCUGUAGGACAAUCCCUCAACUCAUCCUACGCAACCACGUGUGUGCAAAGCCUGCCCUCAACUAAUUCUACACAGGACUACACCUUCAUGCAAGCGUCAGUGGGGGGCAAAACACAUGGCACUUUGUCCCAGCAGCAGACACAGGUCAAUAAAUACAACAUGUCUGCAUCCCUGCCUCCUUACACUUCAAGUGCCCAAGCCUUACAAAAUAACAUUGGAUCCCCUGUACAGGACAUACAAACCCUCCAGCCUUCCUCUGCUGUAGGAAAUAAUGUAACUGCCCAUAACAAUGUCAUCUAUGUUGUUUCAAAAAUGGAUGAUCGUCAAAAACCACAAAGCGUUAUUCGAAGCAAUUCACGUUCUGAUGACCAGCUCAUGGGAAUGGAUCAGUCAAACACAGCACAGGUAAAUGAUGACAGAAUGGGUUGUCUGAGCCAACAGCACAUUGAUCUUAGCAGUGCCAAUGGUCAGGGAACGACCAAUACAAAAACUACAGACUCUAGUAUUGUGUCUUCACAUGUACCUCUAAGUUCAGAGCAGCUCAACCAGCACCCGCUGCAACUCAAAACCCCUGAGUCACAUCAGCAAAACCACCCAAACCACAAUCAGCCUCGGCCCCAAUCUUCAGCAGCACAUACCCAAUACAUCACUGCUCCUGGUGCUCAGCUUCUCCUCGAUGCCAACCAGAUGAUUGUUCUCCAGCAGCCCAUUGUCCACCAUGGUCCAAACCCUUCAAAGUUGGUAUCGGUGCAAGGGAUCCAGCCAACACAAAAUCUGGGCCCUCAUGUUCAGUAUGUUCACAUGAACCAGGAGAUGUUGGGUCAACAGAGAACGACAGUGUCUGAACAGAGCUCAGGGUGUUCUGAUUCCUCUAAGCAGCACUACAGCCAGUCAGUAAAUCAGCAGUCAAAUGUUGCCAAGAACCACUUUGCUCUCAACUCCAUUUGCUUCCCAGACUCCAUGCUGCUUGCAGAUGACAGAAAUAUUUUGUCUAACGUUGACGAUAUUCUGGCUGCCACAGUGGCAGCCUGUGGUGUCGCACCACAGGACUUUGUCAACGCUACGUCUUCUGCUGAGGCUGAGAUGGUAGUGAUGGCAGGACCCGUUGAUUCUAAAGGGCACUUCCACACCGUGGAUAUAAGGCACGUGUCACCCAGCUUUUCCUCGGCACAACAGCAAAUCAUUACCAACACUAACUCCCACACCAUAGGCAUGACACUAAAUGGAGCUCAGAUGACCCCAGAUUGUGCGAGUCGGUCUGUUCACCACAGCAACAGUUCUGAGCUUGACUCAAAUGGAGAUGGAGGCUCUGAGAAUGACCAUCACAUACCCGGGCAGAUGUACGACCCCUCACCUCUUCACAACACAGUCAAAGGGAACGAUAAGUGUAAUAAAACAAGGGAUGGCAUGGAGUCUCCAGGUGGUGAAGACUUUCUAAAAAAGAAGUCUCGUUCCAAGUCCUUGACCAAGUCAGGUGGUUCUGAGGAGGACAGCGUGCAGUCCAGAGCAGCCAAGCGUAGCGGGCAGGGAAAGCGCCAGAACUCCCGCGGCGGCGACGUCGUCUCACCCUCUGCCUCAAACGGUGUUUAUGAUGUUUGUCCACAGCAGGAGAGAAUGCGGCAGAGAAUCCGCGAAGUGGAAGAGAAACAGCCGGAGGUCAAAACCGGUUUCAUAGGCUCUUUCCUAGACUUCAUCAAAUCUGGUCCCAAACAGCAGUACUCCCCAAGUCCUACACGAACAACCAGUCGGCCCCGAAAAGCUUGCGUCUCAACCAAACCACCCACAUGCACGGUCCCUGCUUUGGCUUCCAGGUUGCACACUUUGCAGGGGCAGCUGCCGAUUCCACCGGAGAGCCAACGAGCGAGCUCUCAGCAGAAGCGCCUGGAUGAGGACCUGCAGAAGAACUUGGAGACGCUGCCCUCGUUCAGCUCAGAUGAGGAGGAGAGCACUGGGAAGAACCAGGCCCUGAGGAACAGCAUCACCUCGGUGCUGUCAGCGUUGGAUGAGUCUUCAGAUCGGAAAGCGAGAACCGACGCUCAAAUAUCUAGUUCCAACGUGAAGCCGGCCCAAGUCACCACCGCGACCCACACUGUCUCUGAGACCUGUGCGCCACAGGUAGCCAUUCCUACGCAGACAACAAACGCUGCUCCAGGAGGGGCUGGGUUCGCAGCCAGAGAGGAGCCCAAGGAAACCCCACCGGGACAACUGGCCGUGCAGCUGAUGAGCGUGGCCAUCGAGGGGCUGACUGAUGAGGAGCUGUCAGACAGCGGAGGAGAGGGAAUGUACCGAGAGAGGGACGAGUUUGUCGUCAGGAACGAGGACAUCGAGAACUUGAAGGGGACGAUGAGAACAGGGAGCGAGCCUCCAGCCAUCUGGAAGGUCCAGAAGGCGCUGCUGCAGAAAUUUGUGCCUGAACUGAGAGAUGGAAAAAGAGUCUUCUCAGCCACAAACAGUUAUCUUGGAUACUUUGGUGAUGUCAAGACCAUGUACCAGCGGGUGUAUGUGAAGUUCUUGGACACAGUAAACAAAAGGGAGUACGUACGAGUUUGUAGUCGGAAGCCACGCUGCAAACCUAUGAACUCACUAAGGGGAGUUCAGGUGAAAUCCUUUCUGGGCUUGACUGCCACAUCCUCCCAGAGCCAGAGGCUCCGACCCAAACAGCCCAAACCAAGGGCUGAGGCCCCACCUAAGAAGAGGAGGAAAUGGGAAGAGGAGUUUUCCUCCACUGCCUCUGGUUCGUCUGCAGAAGAAGGUGGUGAAGAUGAUGAGUUAAACCCUCUAGUGCCGUUUGCGUCACGUUUCCUGAACACAAGAACCAUGAAGGAGGCAUUUAAGUGCUUUGUAGAACUGCUCAUCAGCAUUGCCUUAGAUGAGGAUGUGAUGACGGCGCUGGAGCGAGCAAAUGAUGAGUUGCUGCUGCCAAAUAUGAAAAGAGUGGAUGGGAUGAUCACCGACAAUAGAAAACGGCUGCUCCACAAACUGCACAUAGGUCAAGUCCUGAAGAUGGCUCUGGACAGCUUCCCGGAGAUAUCAGUGGUAACUGAACUGAAGAAGGAUGGGGAGACCCCGGCCUUCAAGGUUCGCCUCAGUGGAAAGGCCUACAACAAGAAGACCAUGAAGCCCUACAAGAUGCCUAACAAAGUGCCACAAGAGUACACAGUUGACCAGCAGAAGACCCAGUGGUUCUCUCUGUACCACUCUUUGCAGCAUUACAAGUACCACACAUACCUCAUGUGUAAAGACGAGAUUGCAUCUCUGCGCGUGCAGGCAGGAGAACUGGCACAGGAGGAGAUCGUGCAAAAGUGUCUACAGAAUGGAGCUUGGGUGGAGGGGCUCUUUGACCGCUUCGGAGAGCUGAUCAAUCAAGUGCAGCAGGCCUGCCGAUGAUCCAGCCCGUGCAAAGGUCUAAAGACAAGAGGAUGCCUCCACCUGAAGAGGAUGAAUUGAGUCUCACCUUGCAGCCGUGCACACGUUUGAGUCAACGGCCUGCCGGCUGGGUCACCUGACAGACUUUCAGGGACCUGGACGUUAAAGCGGCAGCAGGAGGACAGGGUGGGACAGCAUCAUCACUGAACUGCACACAGAAAGCAGUAAGCUGAUCAAAAGAGGACAAGGACUUUGCCUCUGGGAGCUUCCGCGCAGCUGCUCUCCAAGUCUUUGUAGUUUUUGGUAGUUUCACGCUCACUUUUUAUGGGCCUUUAUAUAGAUUUGUACUGUUUUGUUUUUUUUUAAUCAAAAUUUAGUUAAAAGCCAGAACAUAACCAGUGAGUAUGAACUUGAUAGAAAGCAAUCAACAUAGGAUGUAGAGCACAGCAAGUAAAAAUGCAGGAAUCAGUUUACUGUACCAACAGUUAGAACCAGCCUACAUUUAUGUUCAUGUAGGUUCACAUAAAGUUGAUUUAAUUGUACAAAAGCAAAGUGAUAUAUUAUAUAUAGCCAUAGUUAUAUACUGUUUGUAAAACAUCCAUUUUGUAAUGGAGCGCCAACUUAUAUAUAAUGUACAUUGUGUAAAAAGGAUCAGGGAAGUGGGAACUGCAGCAAUUCAGUAAAAUAUAUACUGUAUCUACAUUGUGGUAUAAAGGUUGUGCUUCAAACACCCGUUGGCUUAUAAGCUGCAGGAACUGUGCAGCAGCAGUUCUGCUCUGUGAAUUUUCUUUUUAAUUAUCUGAGAGUAAAAUUUAAAGAGGUAAUAUUGUCUUUAUACUCCUUUAAGACAUAGCCCACAUUUUAUUACAGAUAUAUAUUUUUUAUUGAGGUAAAUACUGCUACGUUCUCUCUUCAGAACCGUUUCUAAGACUAAGACUUUUUCAACUUUUUCCAUGAGAUAAUAAGUUGGUCACCAAUGUUAUGCUAUGAAAAACAUCUUGUUCUUCUAAAGACGCAGUUUGUAAAUAAAGUGCGGUAUGUAUCAGA